AAAACAUCACAGCUAAAUUUAUCAUAUAUUAUUCAAACAAAUAAUAAUUUUUAUUGUUCAAUGUGGUAAAUUAAUCUUCCCUCUCUCAUCAUAUCAAAAUAUAUAACUCUUUUUUUUUUUUAUUUUUAUUUUUUUUGGGCUCAAUUUGUCCGCCAUCUUUCAGAGCAUCCGCGAAGGUGGGUCGUGAAGUCGUGGGUGUACUAAAAAUUAUCUAAUUAUUUAUAUAAAAAAAAACCAACUACAAUAAAUAAUUAAAUUUUCAAAUUUAACCCUUAAACAUAAAGUAUUAAUUACAUUAAAAAACAUCAAAUAAAUGGGGUGACACUUGAUUUAACUCCAAAUAGAAAAAUAAAAAAAACGUCAUUGCUCAAAAAAAAAAAAAAUUUGCAAAUAGAUAAAAAACUAAUUUAAAAAAAAAAUAAAACGUGAAAAAUUCUACGGCCAUUUAAGUGAUAAGUGGAACAAAAAUUAAGUUGAAAAAAAAUAAAUAAUACAAGUUAAUCAUCAAAGUUUGACAAGUGUCAUCAAGAUUUAAUUUUUUUUUUUUUAUUUUUUCUUAUUAUUUUUAUUUCAUUACCAUUUUUGGAAUUAAAACGAGGACAAUUCCUAACUAGUGUGGACAGUUUACAUGGACAAAUAUAUAUAUUGAAAAAAAAAUAUAUAUAUAUAUUUAUAGAAGAAAAACGUCUGUUAUCCUCGGCGCGAGAGUUCACUCUCGGCGCCGCCUAGAUUUCGAUUUUUCUCCAGGGCGCAACGAUGAGUUGCCAAAGAAACGCUAACAAGAUCACGGUACCUGACGAUCUCAGGGACAUAUUACUUGAGUUUACAAUAAGUUAUUUACUUGAACAACCUGGUGAUAUUGUUGAUUAUGCUGUUGAUUUUUUUACACGUUUACGUGAUAAUCGACAAACAAUGUUGAUACAAUCAAACGCAACUUGUUCAUCAACACCAGACGAAUCUGUUGAAGAAGAACCACCAGUUGGUAGAUUUGCAUCAAGAAGAAAGAGUGUUUUUGCUGAAACAUAUGAUCCAGAAGAAGAUGAAGAAGACGAAGGUGUUAGGUCAGUCCAUCCAAAGAGUGAUGAACAAAGACAGAGGCUGAGUGAGAGUGUCAGAAAUAUUCUGUUAUUUCGAGCACUUGAUAAGGAACAAAUGGCAGAUGUGCUUGACGCAAUGUUUGAAAAGACAGUUCAACCCGGUGAUUUUAUUAUUCGACAGGGUGAUGAUGGGGAUAACUUUUACGUAAUUGAAAGAGGAAAAUUUGAGGUAUAUGUAAAAGAUCCAACUGGUGCUGAUAUGCGUAUUCAUGCUUAUGAUAAUGGUGGUGCAUUUGGUGAACUGGCAUUGCUUUAUAAUAUGCCAAGAGCAGCAACAAUAAAAGCUGUUACAAAUGGCACAUUAUGGGCUAUGGAUCGUCAAACAUUUAGACGUAUAUUAUUAAAAUCAGCAUAUAAAAAACGUAAAAUGUAUGAAAAUCUUAUCAACAAAGUACCCAUGCUCAAAUCACUUGAGACUUAUGAACGUAUGAAUCUUGCUGAUGCACUUGCACCAAAACAUUUUGCUGAUGGUGAACAAAUAAUAAGACAAGGUGAUUCUGCUGAUGGAAUGUAUUUCGUUGAAGAUGGUCUUGUUAAAAUAACAAUUAUCGGUGACAAUGGUCGUGAAGUUGAGAUUAAUCGCGUACCAGCCGGUGGAUAUUUAGGAGAACUUGCUUUAGUAACACACAAGCCUCGUGCUGCCUCGGCUUAUGCAAUUGGAAAUGUUAAAUUAGCAUUUUUGGAUGUUGAAGCAUUCGAGCGUCUUCUUGGUCCUUGCAUGGAAUUAAUGAAACGUAAUAUUGAUGAUUACGAAGAUCAACUUGUUAAAAUAUUUGGAAGUAAAACUGACAUUUCUGAUAUUCGAUGAACAUCGUUAAACAAUUCAUCAACUACAUCACUAUCAAAUAAAUUCAUGAUGAAGUAUAGUGAUGCAUAAAACAACAAAAAAAAAAACAUUGGUAACAAAAAAUAAAAUACAAAACAAAAUUACUAUUAAAAUAAGCACUUAUCAUCCACUUGUUUGUGGUAAACCCCUCAUUCAUUGUAUCUUAAAUCAAAGACAACAAUUAGAACCCUUUUUCUCCCCUUCUUUUAAAAAUAUUAGGUAUUGAUUACCCAAAAUAUAUACAAAAAAAAUUGUAGCUGCAAAAUUUAUACUCAUUUAUUCAAGGAUAAUAUUAUUAACAGUACAACAAUCACAUUUUUUGGCGUCUUAUAUCAAUAUAAUAUAUAUCAUUUAAAAAAUAAUACAAAAGACAAAAAUAUAUACUAAAAAUUAUCAAAAAAAAAAAAAUACUUUUUAAGACUGUAACUAAUUGGAAAGUAUUACAGUUAUUAUUAUUUAAAAAAAAAAAAUGUCAAUAUGAAUAUAUAUUGUGUUCGGUUCGGCUGUGCCGAUUGUUUAUUAUUUUAAUGUUUUUUAAAAUCGUUUAAUAAUAUCCCUAAAAUUUGACCAAAAAAAAACAAUAAAUUAUUAAAGACAUUGAAAAUAAUAUUAUAAAUAUUUAAAUAAGUUGGGUAUAUUUAUUAUUCUGUCUAAUUAUCCAAGAUUAAAAAAUGACGUAACAUAUAUAUUUAUUAAUUACCCUCGGUGUUUCUCGUGUCAUUGUUCUUAAGUUAAAAAGAUUAAAAAGAAAAAACAAGAAAAAAGAAUCGAGAAUAAUAGAGAGUUUUAAAAAAAUGAAACUAAUGGAGCUUAAUAAAAAAUAAUAACAUUUAUGAUAUAUAAAGAGAAGAGUAUAAAUCUGUGAAAAAAAAUAAAAGCAAAUUGUGAAAUUAAAUCUCGUCAUGCGCACUAGCCGUUGAACGGAAAAUUAUCAAUAAUAUUAAUUAAAUUAAAUAUACAAAAUAAUCGUACUAAAAGAAAUACAAAUUAAUAUAAAUUUAAAAAAAAAUACGAUAAAGUAUUAAAUUGAGAAAAAAAGAAAGAUAAAAAUAGAAUUUCAUUUUCAUUGGUUAUUUAGAAAAAUAAAAAACAUCAGAAUAUAAUUAAUGACAAUUUAUUUAUAAAAAAAAAAAAAACAUUGCGUGUCUUUUAAAUUGAAAAUAAGAACAAAUUUUUAAUACAGUGUGCUUCCACGUGAAGUGUAUAAAAUGAUUUCAUAAAAAUAGCACGAAUAAUAAACAACAAAACCAUAAAUUAUCAUUAAAAAAAAAAAUAGUUAUUAAUAAAUUAUAAUUAGCAAUUGAAUUGCGUUAUAUUUAAAAAAUUAUUUGGGCAUUUGUUGUAUUUUAAAUAUAACAAGCAAUCACAAAUUAGUCUUCUUAUUUUUUAAGUAAAUUAAUUAAAAGAACAAAGAAAAUUAUUGAGUUAAUCAAAAAUACGUCAAGCUGUACAUAUAGCUAGAUAAAGUAAUUAAAAAAGAAACAAUUAAACAACUUGAUGACAAAUUUAACGCAAUUCAUAAGAAAAAAAAAAACAUGUCCAAAGUAUUUAACUGGUGGUUAUUAAAAUAUUUAAAAAACAAUAAGGAAGGAAAAAACUAUGAAAAAUUAACAAACUGAACAAACAAAAAUGAAUAAAAAACUUAUUGAUAGUAUCUUUGCUAAGUAUUAUUGUGCUUUAUGUUGAAUAUUCUCCAAUAUUUAUUGCUAAGUCGUGAAAAAAAAUUGCUUAAGCCAUUUACAAUUUGAAGAAAAAAUAAGAAAACAUUUAAGUGUCUCAAAGUCAGUUUAUAAUUUGAUUAGAAAAUUUAUUUUUUAAUUUAUAAUUAAUCUUUAAUGUGGAAAUUAAAUGUGUCAUCAAUGAGUGGUAUUAAUUGUCUUGAAUUUAGAAAAAUUAUUAUCAUUAAUGGAAGAAUUUAAAAUGAAGAAAAAAAUAUAUAUCGAAAUAAUUUAGUGUGAUGAUUUUUUUAUGAAAAAUAAUCAGAAUAAAAUGAAAAAAAAAAAUUAGUCAAUAUGUAAGUUUGUUAAUUUGUUUUUUGUGUAAUUGUAAUUGAUAUUUUUUUGACGUAAAAAAAAAUAAGAGCUUCCUCUGUCUAAACCACAAAUAAUUUACGAAAAAAAACAAAAAAAAUCGAAAAAUUAUUCGAAAAAAAAAUGUAUUACUAUCCUUUAAGGAACAAAGUGUCAUCAAUUUAUUUUGUGGUUUUUUAUACGUCGUAAUAUUCUUCAAUUUGCAGUAAAAAAAAAAAAUAAAAAAAAUAAUAAAAACCACUCAGUUGAUAGAAAUAAAAAGAAAAAAAAAACAAAUAAUCUGGCAUUUUUAUAAAUUGAAUUUUCACAUAAAUUAUUUUCUUUGGACUAUUUCGAUUAAUUAAAAAUAUUAUUUAUCAAUUUGUUUUUAAAACAAAUACUAAUCAUUAAAAAAAAAAAAAAAUAGAUUUAUAUAUAUGUGAAUCUUGUCCUGUCAUAAAAAAGAAAAAUAGUGUUUCAAAAAAAAAAAAAAGAAAAAAAAAAUAAAACAAUUGUAGAAAUCCAUUGUGUUAGUACUUAGCCCUUUAUAAUUAAAAAAAAAAAACCAAAUAUAGGGGUUGAUGUACAUUAA